AUGGAAUCAAGUGAACUGAUACAGGAAAACCAGUUGAAUCGAUAUAUUCUCGAAGAUUAUGAUCGAAUGCUUAAAUCUGUCACUGAGAUUGAUAACCCGCAAAGAAAAUGUCAUAUUUUGAAUGAAGUAUACAAAAUGAAACUAAAAUAUUUUCGCUUAAAGCAAUCAGAAUUGAAUGAUUGGCUAGAGGCAAUUCAUCUAAUGGAAGAUACUCAUGAACGAGUGUUUUCAGAGUUUGAGUUUUAUUCAUUGAUUUCCCCAGAUUACACCAAUGCUGAUGUGACAAGCAGUUUUCUAAAACAUUUUCAAGAAUUCAAAGACUUGGAUGAAUCAGGUUUCGAAGCAAAACUCCUAGAUGCUAUUAACAUUUCUUGUCAUGAUUUUUCUAGAGGUAAUCUAAUAUGGAAGCAAUUGAUCGACGCUGCUCAAGAUGAAUACUUGAAAGUAAAUUCUGAUACCAAUUUAAUGCAUUUACAUCAGUAUUACCUUGACAGAUUGGCCAUCCCUCAUGCCCAGCUUGAAGAAUCCUUUAAUGAAUACUCUUCAUUUAUAAGCAAAUACUACGGUGAUGAUUACGACAAGUACAUGAAAUAUAUGAAGUCCGCUAACAAGAUUUACUCAUCUACAAAAAUGAAACAGAUUUACUACGAACAGUUUGAGAUUUCUAUCAAACAAUCACCUGAUAACCCUCAACUAUGGAUAGAUUAUAUGGAAAGCGUUUAUAGCCACCAAAAGAAAAAAGAUUUGAAUCCUGUUCUUGCCAUUUUUGAAAGAGCAAUACUGAAAAAUGAAUCUUGGUCACAGAAUUGGAUAAAAAUUUGGUUAGCUCUUAUUUACAUUAUUUAUGGUUGCAGUAGUGAUCAGCGACCUGAAUGGUUACAGUUUGUUUUCCAAAAGUUUUUAAGGACUUUUCCGAAUUCUAACCAUGUCUAUGCGGAGUCUAUUCGUUAUUGUUUGACCAUGAAUGAUAAUGAGAUGGCUACUGAAGAGUUUCAAAGUAUAGAAUCCAGGUUAGAAUCUACCAAAAAAUUAUUGCAGUGGGAUCAUCAACAAUGGAAAUCAGUGCAUUUGGCUUUUAUUCAAUUUAAUUAUCAAAUAUCGAAAAGAUACAGUAUGGACAACAACAAACUGAUUGUGGAGCUGAGCAGUAACUCCAUAUUUAUGCGUGCAUUAUCGGUAAUAGAACUUGGCGAUCCUUCUCAUUCCGUUGAAUUUCUAGCAGUUGAUAUGCUAACACACAUGGGAGCAACUGACAUGGCCAAAGACCUAAUAGACUUGAUGUUGGAGAAAUUUAAUAACGAGGCAGAGGUUUUGCUUUUUGGUUUGAGGUAUUUUGUGAGUUAUAAAACAGACUUUGGUCAAAUUCGUUCAUACUUUAAAAAUGCAAUCCAUAAACUAGACCUGUUUGACCUUCCUGAGAAAUUAUGUGACAAAUGGUUGGAGUUUGAGCAACUAUACGGAGACAUAAACAGUUAUAUGGAAUCAGUUGCAAAAUGUGAAAUUGCUUUAAAAACUUUGAGCAAGAAAAGAACUCGAGAUAUUACAGUGGAUGAAAACAAUCAACCCUCCAAAAAACACAAAAGAGAACCGACAAAGGAUAUUGACACUGAAACUAAAUCGAGAGAAACAUGCACUGUCAAAGUUAAAAAUAUUGCAGCUGACACUGACGAACAUUCUAUCAGAGAUUUUUUCAAAGACUGUGGAGAAAUUGGUGAUAUCUCUUUCGUGGAAGCUGAAGGAAUUCGCUAUGCAAUAUUUGACUUUGAAAAUGAGCAACAGGUUUUUUCAGCAUUGACGAAGAAUUAUAAGUCUUUGGAUGGAAAUAAACUUGAAGUAUACAGACUACAGAAUGCCUUGUUAUUUGUUAAUAAUUACCCUUCUACUUUCAGUCAAGCCACUGUAAAAGAAAUGUUUGAAAAAAUAGGACCGGUAGCUAAAAUCAGAUUUCCUAAUCAAACCCUGAAAAAAAUAAAGAGAUUUUGUUAUGUUCAAAUGAUUUCUAAUGAAGAUGCUCAAAAGAUUAUUGAUCAGUACCAUGGCCAGAAAUACGACGAUCCAAAUCUAGGAGGUGAAUUCUCAUGGGAAAUUAAGUUUUCCAACCCUGAAGAAAAACACGAAAGGUCGUCACCAAUAAGUGCACGCAAAGUGAAAGUUACUAGUAUUUCCUUUAACGUGCUGAAAGAAGCUUUUGAAAAGAAAUUUACCCUGUGUGGAGAAAUUGAACAGGUUGUGUUUCCAAAAGCGGUAUAUGAAGAGGAUGGGAAAUUGAAAAGCAAUGGUGGUUUGGCUAUUGUUACUUACAAGACUACAGAAGGUGUGGAAAAUGCGUUAAAGUUGAAUGAUUCGAAAUGGAUGGGUCGAAAAUUGUUUGUUUCCAAAAAACACCAGCAUGUUCAUUAUACGGCAGAAGAUUUUGAUGGUGUGAAAACAAUUGGGCUUUGUGGAUUGGACCCUUCAUUAAAUUUCCAGCAAGUGAAGACAGUUUUUGAGGAAAGGUUUGGGAAGGUUGCUAAAGUGUUGUUGUUCCCAGAAGACAAACAAGCUUUGGUAGAGUUUGUAAAACCUGGAGAUGCUGGCAAGACGAGUAUGAGUAAUAAUUUUGUGAAACUAGGCGAAAGCGAAGCAAAAAUAGUGACCAAGGAAGAGAUAACAAUGGGUAAAAGUGCUAUUUCAAAUACAACUACAACUUCAUCGGCACCUCUUACAAUGAUUCCCACCACAGUUAGACGAAAAAAAUCUAAAAAAUAG